AUGGUCAAUGUCCAUGCGGGCUCGAUUGUUUGCAUGGAGGAGCCGCCAGAAUUGCCCGAGGAGAUCAGCAGCAAGUUGCUGUAUUAUCUGCAGUCGGCUCGGCAGCUGACGAAGAACGCCAUGGAGCAGAUGCCCUACGACGGCGAGGCCGCCAGCUUUUGGAAGCCCUGCGGUAACCUCUUGAAGGCUUGCGAGUGCAAUGGCCUGGCACGUUUUGCCACACAGGGGGGCUGGGGGUCCAUAGCAUUUUCUCCGUCCAUCCCCGUGUCCGACGUAGUCUUCUGCCACAACUCCAGCUUCCCGCAGGUUACCUUCGGCGAGGAGAAGAUCAGUGAUCCAACAGAGUUGAUAGUCAGCGACAGCUGGUGCGAGUGCCUUUCGAUGGAUACUGCUGGUCCUCAUGAUGUCCGCACACAUCUGGCGUUGCUGCAUCGGGAGUUUGCAGAUGUCUUCUGUGAAGGCAAUGGCGACUGCCUUGAGGCCAAGGUGUCGCUUCCCUUGGCACCGGCGCCGCCCGCCGAAAUGGAGUCGCCUUUCAAGGCAGCCGAUGCGAUUCCCGAGAGUCCACGGUCCCGGUUGGCGAUAAAGUGGUUCAUCAUCGGUAUCGCCGGUGCGCUGGGAAUCGCCUUCCUUUCUUUCAUCUCAUAUCGGAUGCACCAGAGCAGGAUCGAGUAG